UGGCAGUAAAGUGUCGUCACCGCGGCGCUGUGUUGUUUCCUCCGCAGCUGACAGUGAAACAUCACGUUAGUGAAACAUCACGUUAGUGAAGCGUCGCACGUGCGUUAAACAGUGUGUUUGUAACUGUGAAGAAGAAGAACAAGAAGAAGAAGAAGAAGAAGAAGGAGAAGUAACAGCAACAACAGCAGUGCUGUGUGUGUGAGGUCAUCGUCAGACACGUGUCGGCGGCUCGUGAGAGGCAUGAAGAUGAGGAAACGACCCAACAUUCUGUUAACAGGAACCCCUGGUGUAGGAAAAACCACUUUGGGGAAGGAGCUAGCCCAGCAGACAGGGCUGACCUAUGUUAACAUUGGAGACCUGGCCCAGGAAGGACAACUUUAUGAUGGCUAUGAUGACGAGUACCAGUGCCCCAUUUUAGAUGAGGACCGGGUGGUGGAUGAGCUGGAUGAAAAGAUGGAAGAAGGAGGAAUGAUUGUGGACUACCACGGCUGUGACCUGUUUCCUGAACGCUGGUUUCACAUCAUCUUUGUGUUGCGCACAGAUAAUACUCAACUGUACACACGGCUAGAGAGCAGAGGAUACACCGGGAAGAAACUGCAGGACAAUGUGCAGUGCGAGAUCUUCCAGACCAUUUAUGAGGAGGCCAUGGAGGCGUACAGCAAGGAGAUCGUCCACCAGCUGCCCAGCAACACUCCUGAAGAGCUGGAGAGCAACCUGGAGCAGAUAGUGCAGUGGACUGAGCAGUGGAUGAAGGACCAUAACUAGCAGCUGCUGUCAACAAGUCAUGUUAUUUGGACACUUAAGCAUCAUGGACUCUGGUGGUUUCUACUUAGACCCGACUCAAUUCUGCAAGGACUCUCUGUCAAAUAGUUAUUCUUAAAACAUGAAGAAGUGUUUUAAACAAAAGCAACAUUAACGAUCUGUCACAUCCAUCAGUCAAGAAGUGUGAGCUGGUGUCAAAUUACAGUACUCACCUACUGCUGCAUUCAAGUCAUAUUUUUUUAUAAAUAAACGACCCAACGGGGAAAAAGCACCGUC